UAGUGAUGCCUACUUAUUUAUCUUCAUUUCUGGGAGACUGAGUGAUAAAAAGAGGUCGUGGUUGUAGAUGUUGUUGUUGUGCUUGGCCACUCCUAAAGUGUAGUUAGCAACCAAAGGGGCUCGUGACGAUGAACACAGGGGAAGUGUGUGGUACAGGCAUGAGACAGGCGGGCUGCGCACGCAGUGGGGGGGGGAGAGCAAAGGGAAACAGGAAGUACAGGCAAUAGGAUGCUUUCAGAGGAAAACUGGCCGCAGAAUAUGGACCUUACCCUGGGAUGAUGCUGAUAUUUGGGUUCACUCUUGAGGCUAUGAAUCUGUGCAUCUAUGCCGUGUCUACAUGAACUUGCUUACCAGAAUCCUGCAUAGUGAAUGGACUCACACCUGUCAUGCUUAGUGUUUUCACUUUCCAAAUGAACAGCUUUGACCAAUCUUUUUUAGUGGAUGAGAAAAUUCCUGCUUCAGAUACAUAGUCUCUGUCACCUUGGUGAAAUCACUUGAAAACAUGAUGAUUCCAGCUGAUCCAAACUGCUACUUCUAAUACUUUUCUAAUUGUAAUAAUGGCUGGCCUGAUCCAUUUAGUCACUUUUAUGUGUGUAAAUUGUAUGUUUAUGACAAAGGCUAAAAUGAUUUUGGAGGAACUCAGAUCAGAUGCCUAUUUCAGUUCCCUUAUGCCUGGGAAAACAUCACUACUUUAUUUCACCAAUCCAGAUUUCCCCACUAAUAUUAUUUUAUUGGAUGACCUGCAAAAGUCUGCUGCUGCACUUCAAGACUAUGGCAUUUCUGUAGCUAAGGUUAAUUGUAUCAAAGAAGACCUACAAAAGUACUGUGGUGAAGAGAAUGCAUAUUUGUUUAGGGGUACAAAGUUGGUAAGAGAAUUCCCAGCAGAUGCACUCUUUGAUGUUGAUUCUAUCGUGGCCAAUGUCUUAUUUGUUGUGCUUUAUAAUGAAGUUAAAUACAUAACCACCUCUAUGGAGCACAAAAAUAUUGAAAAUGCUAUGAAAGGCAAACGAGACCUCAUUUUUGCCUAUGUUCAAGCAAUAGGAAUACCAGAACAUAGAUCGGUCAUGGAGACUGCUUUUGUGUAUGGAACCAAAUACCAAUUUAUUUUAACCACAGAAACAAAGUUAUUGGAAAACAUAAGCACCAAUGUUGACAGUGCAAAGCUGUUUUUUAGCCACUGCAGAAGAAUAACAGCCCACUCACAGAAGUGUCCCAGAACAAUGAUGGAACAGGAAAUGACUAUAGUAAAUAUUCAUCGCUUUCUGAAACUCAUGGAUGCUCCUCUUGUGACUGAAAUUUCUGGAGAUCCUGAAAAAGUUACAAGUGUUCACCUGCAACUUGGCUUGCCAAUGGUUUUCAUUCUCAGUCAACAAGAAACCUAUGAGUUUGAUAGAACAACGGCAGAGCAUGUGGCCUGGCAGCUGUUGGGAAAGGCAGGGAUAGGGAUACUGCUGAGGGAAAAAGCUUCUACAUCAAUUCCAACAAAUUGUAACGUGGCAGUAAAAAGACCAGAAGAGGAUAGCCCCGUCCGAUACAUGAUGAUGGAAGAAACCCAAGACAUUCAAAAUAUUAUUGAAAAAUCUAACCUGGAGCAGUAUGAAAAAUCUGAGGAGACAGUUGGUUUUGUUGACCAAGAAAUUCAAGAUGAUGAAGUUGCAGAAGCUGUGUACAGAGACAGAAAGCGGACCCUGCCCCUCCAUCUAGUGCCCUCGUUGACAGAAGAAACUUUCAAGCAAGUGUUGUCAAACACCACCCUGUCAAUGGUUUUAUACUAUGCAAGCUGGGAAGCAAUAUCAUUGACUCUGCUGCAAACAUUUGUGCAUAUGGCUGAAAAGUAUAAAGACAAACUGGAUAUGACUUUAACCAGAGUUAACUGUGCAGAUUGGCCAAAUAUUUGCAGUGAGCAAAAUGUUAGUAACAUCCCUGUGGUAAAGAUCUACCAUAUGGGGAAGGAUCCAUUGGAAUAUACUGGUAUGCUGGGUGCUGAGGAACUCUUCAGAUUCAGUAUGCUAGCCAAGGUAGACUGCCCUUUAGAGUUGUUUUCUUACGGGGAGGCGGAAAGUUUUCUCAGUGGGAAUCGUAAUCCGUUCCUGCUGCCUUAUCAUAAUCUUUCAGUGUUGGGAAUCUUUAAAAAAAAUAUGAAAGAAGUCGAUUCAUAUUUUGAGGCUUGCAAACAUCUCCGGGGAAUUAUAAGCUUGGGAGUCUACUAUGAAGAUAAUGCCAUGAUCUUGUCAAAAAAGUAUGGCACAGCUCCCCCUGCUCUACUUUUUGCCAGGCAUAACAGUAACCAAGUACACAGUGCUACACUCCAACAUACUGCCGAAAGGGACAUCGUUCACCGUGUCAAAUUGGAAUUACUUGGAGAGUUUCCAGAAAUCACAGUGGACAAUUUCCCAACAUUCUUCAUGCAAAAGAAGCCUUUACUGGUUUUAUUUUCUGAUUCUAAUCCAACCCAGAGUGAUGAAAAGCACAUUUUGAACUUGGUGAGAGGAAAGUAUCUGGAUCAAUAUUUGACUUGCUGGCUAAACCUGAAGAAUACUCCAGUGGGCAUUGGAAUACUGAGGCGGUACUUUGGCGCAGUACCACGUUUACCACAGUUUGUACUUAUUGAUUUUGAUGCCUCAGGUCAAGUCUUCCCAUUUCCCUCAGAUCACCAUCUUACUGAAGUAAAUAUAUUGUAUUGGUUGGAGAUGAUUAAAGCAGGAGAGGAAAUGCAUGUCUAUAGUUUAUCCAAUGAAGACUGGAAACCACCACUUCCCGAUUACAAUUUCCUGGACAUGAUGGAUGCAGAAGUCCCAGACUUUGCUGCACAGAAAAUACGUAUUCAAAUGAAGCCCAGUAGAAGGCAAAAAGCAGAAGAUUCCACAGAGGGAGCUGAAGCAGAAGAAACUGAAGUCGAGGAAUAUCCGCCAGGCUCAAGUUUACGUGGAACUGUGCCAAAGUUUAUAGAACAGGGAAAAAAGUUCAGAAGUCACACAGAGUUAUGAUCUAAAUGGCGUAUGGAUCACAAAAUAUAUUGUGGAAAAUUCCUAAUCUGAGCAGUUUUCUUCUACUUUUACAUCAUAGACGCCAUUAUGGAAAAAUGUUCAGUUUUCCACUUUUUUUAUUGUUCAAGUCUUCAUGAUUUUUUUAUUGGAUGCUUUUCUGUUUUAUUUCAUGUUGAGUUUUUUUGUUUUGUGUUACUUAUUUAUAAAAUCCUUUGAAAAUAUUCAGUUCUUUGCAAAUGUACUCAAACCUUUGACCUAUUCUUUCAUUGUCCUGAUUAACAAAUACUUUGCUUUUUAUCUAACCGAUUUUAUUUUAAAGACCCAACGUUGCUUU